AUGAGCGACCUACACGCGCUGCUGGCCGACUUCCCUUCUGUCGACAAGUAUGCCUCUCUCCUUGCCGGUCUUGAGACGCACCGCAUCGGCCUGAGCGAGCUGCUGACGCUCGACGCCGCCGAGGUCGGCAAGCGGACGCGGCUGCCGCUGCUCGAUCUGCAGCGGCUCUGUGAGGAGGUGCGGGCGCAGUUGGCACAGGUGCCGGCGCGGCCUGUGAAGAGGACAAGGCCCUCCAGGGCGCCGUUGGAGACGGAGGAGAGGGAGGGCGUUGGCAAAGACGGACAUGGCCAUGACAAGGAGCAGAAGCAUACAGAUGACCCAUCAACCUGCGACACGGGCGGGCGCAUCAGCACCCUCGACCCAACUCUCGACGUGGCCCUCGGCGGCGGGUUCCCUACCGGGGUGCUUUCCGAGGUCGUUGGCGAGAGCGGUGUCGGCAAGACACAGCUCCUGCUUAGUUUGCUAGUGGCUGUGCAGCUGCCGCCACCGCGCGGCCUCGGCCGCAAGGCUCUGUACAUUUCCUCGGAAGCACCAUUGACGACAAGCCGCCUGACGCAAAUCAUCCGCAGCCACCCGGACCACGAGGCGUUGCAGAAGCAUUGCUCACUGCAGGCAAUUGCGACGAUCAACACGCCGGACCUCGAGGCGCAGGAGCACAUUCUGAUGCACCAGCUGCCCGUGCAGCUGAGCAAGGCAGAACAGUUUGGCGGCGUUGCGGGCUCGUUUGGGCUAGUUGUGCUGGACUCGGUGGCGGCCAACUUUCGGCCGUUCUUUGGCGGAAGUGUGGGCGACCGAGGAGGCGGUGGCACCAGGGGUCCGGGGGUCCUGACGGGCCGGGGCAGCUCGCUGGCUGCCCGCAGCCUGGAGCUCACGCGACUGGGGAUGCUGCUCCGGACACUCGCACAGAAGCACAAUUUGGCCGUCGUAGUAGCCAAUCAAGUAGCCGACCGAUUUGAUGGAGACGGCGGGGGCAUGGCAGAUGGCGGGAUAGUAACUCUGUCACAGCAGUGGAAUGCGGGCGGCGAAAUUAGCGGGAGUAUAGCGAGGCAUAUCUCAUCUACGAUCAUGUCAUCCGCUAAACGUCCUCGACAAGGGCCAAUGCUUCCACCACCGUCGGUGCGGCAACACCAACCACCACCAUCCAAUAACACACCACUUACUCAAGAGAGUCCACUGGCCGCUAGGAGCCGGCGGCAACCGACAGCUGCGGUAGCUGCUGCGGUAGCUGCUCUGGGAAUGUCAUCUCAACCUGAAGUUGACACAAAAGCCGAGGAUCUGAUAAAGCUGCCCCCGUCGAGCACGGACGAAAAACCGUCGAUUGUUUCUCCGGAAGAUACCCCACUAUCUGCCAACGACUUCCUACCACCCUCUUCACAAUAUAUCCCGCCAUCGCAGUUUCCGCCAUUGUCCCCGGCACCCCCUGUGCUCCAGCUCGACCACCAGCAACGGUGGUUCACCGGAUGGGGAGACGACCCCAAUGCGUAUGGAGGUGGUGGCGGCUCGGAUGCGCGCAACAAGACACCGUCGCUGGGCCUUGUCUGGGCGACGCAACUCGGCAUGCGCGUGGCCCUUAUCAAGGCGUCACGCACGGGUGGCCACGGCGGCAGCGGCUACCGACCGACCGACGGCAGCGGCUACGGCGUUGACGACGACGAGUACGACGAGAGCAGCAGCAUUGACAGGCACAAUACGGGCGCACCGCGGCUGCGACACUCGUGGCGGCGCUGGAUGAAGGUGGUGUUUGCUCCGCACGUGGCGGCUACAGGGGCGACGUCGUCCUCAUCGUCGCCCACACUAGAACGAUACAAGUCGGCGUUGGCUGCUCGUAUGCAGGGUGCUGUCGAGUUUAACAUUACCAUGGGGGGACUCCGUGCCGUGUUUCCGGCUGCGGAUGCGAGGCAGAGGUGA